AUGAAACGCAAAUCGUCAGCGGAUGGCCCUUCAAGACGAAAGGGUGGACUCAGACAACGUCUGCGAGCUCAAGCUAGGGAGGAUGCGCUGCCGCAGCAUUCAGCUUUGGCCACGGUGCUAUUGAAUUUAUUUGCUUGGGGAGACAUUAGUGCUCAGUUGGCCCAAAAAAUUGCGGCUGCGGCUUACAAAGAUGCACAAGCUAUGAAAAAUUCAGAAACUGAUUUGGGGCACCUUCAAAAAAUCAGUUCAAUUGGUUGUGGUGGCGUUUGGGAAAACAAAUGCUAUGCAGACUUGAUGAAAGUCAUCCCUUACAAGAUCGCCAUCCCAAAACCAACCUUGACCAGUUUGCCUUUCAAACCCGGCCCACUACUUCAAGGAUUUCUGCUACCACACGAGAUGUUCAGCGCGAUAUUCCACAGCUACCCGGGGGUGUGGACAAAGUGUCUGUGUCCAUCCCAAGACAGGUUAGCGGCAUUUUGGCAAACAAAUUCCAGCCACCCAGCUUUUCAGGCCAGGGGAUUAGCUGAGAGACCAGACUAUCGUCGACGGUGUGUCCCCCUGUCGCUCCACGGCGACGAUGUCCCCGUGGUAGGUGUUGGCAAGAGUUGGUGCUCUCUUUUGACAGUUUUCUCAUGGAGUUCCCAGUGCGGCUUUGGCAACACAAAAGAAGCCCAAUACUUCAUAUGGGGGUGCUGGGAAAAGCUACGCAAGAUCGAGGAGGACCAGUCUUUAGAUACUUUGGGUUGUUUCUUCAAAGUCUUGGUGUGGAGCUUUAAGUGGCUUCAACGGGGCCAAUGGCCUGACCGCGAUUGGGAAGGUGCACUGUAUCUUCCCUCUAGCGAUGCUGGCAAAAAAGCUUUGACACCACUAGCAAACGGAUACUACGCGGUUUUGUGGAGCGUGUUGGGCGACUUGGACUACCUGUGCAAAGCUUUGCUGCUGCCGCGUUCUACCUUGGCCUCAGGACCGUGCAGCCUGUGCAGGUGCAAAAACAAAGGGCCUUACAGUUGGAUGAAUUUUCAGCCUGAGGCUGCUUGGCGUACAGUUCAGUGGACAGCCAGGGGCUGGCGCAAUUGGGAAAACAGAAGCACCUCAACCUUAUUCAGCAUGGACGGGUUCACCCCAUGGAUGAUUAGCAUGGACUGGAUGCAUUGUAAGUACUUAGGCCAUGACCAACUGUGUUAUGGCUCCAUUCUGAGUCUGCUGGUGCACUUUGUACUUCCCAACUCACCGGCUUCGAAUACACAGCAAAUUUGGUGUGAUAUUCGGGAGUACUAUGCCAGGCACAAGACCCCUUGCCGCUAUCGCACUAUGAAACUUUCGAUGUUUCAGCGACAAGCACCACAAUAUCCGAAGUUGCGUGGCAAAGCUGCAGAGAUCAAAUGGUUGGCUGGACCAAUGCUUUUCGUUUGGGAAAAGUACCAGAACCAUAAUUUGGAAAGCCAUAAGAAGAUUCAUGCGUACCUGAAAUUGAACUUGGAGAUCGAAACGAUGUUAAGUGAUUACAGGGAGGACAUGGCGUUUCCACCCGCGGUCGCGGACACGUUUGAACACGCUUGUACUGCCAUGCUGCUGAUUCUUACAAGUGUCGCUGAGCACUUCUUAGAAGAGAAGUUGUUUAAUGUAACGCAAAAAGCGCAUUUCAUGCAGCACAUUAGUAUGCUGGCUAGGUUCCUCAGUCCGAGACUGACAUGGUGCUUUUGUGGUGAGGACAUGCAGCGCCGAAUAUCCCACUUGUGCAAAGCCUGCGUUAAUGGGCAACAGCCCUCUCAAAGUGUGCUGAAACUCAUUGCCAGGUACCGUCUUGGUUUGCAUUUAACCUUCAUGGAGGAUUCCUAA